AUGGUCAUGGUGAUGGAGCUACCGGAGGACCUGCUCGCCGAUGUCCUCCGCCGUCUUCUUCCGCACGGCCUCGCCGCGGCACGAUGCGUCCACAGCUCCUGGCGUGCCAUCAUCGACACCCGCCGCCUCAUGCACCUCCUCCCGCUCCGCCUGGCCGGCAUCCUCAUCACCUUCAACGGCAACCACCAUCUCACGGAGCUCUUCGCCCGCCCCUCGCCGGCACCGGUCUCGGUCAGCUCCAAGUUUCACCACUACAUGCCCGCCGGCGCCGGCUAUGCCUAUGCUGCGAUCGUCACAGGCCACUGCAACGGCCUCCUCCUUCUGGAAGGCGGCUACGUGGUGAACCCCGCCACACGGCAGUGGGCCAAGCUGCCCUCCCCACGGCCGCCAUGCCGCUACGGCGAGGAGAACUUUUGGUACCACGAGUACAUCGUGUUUGACCCUGCCGUGUCGCCGCACUACGAGGUGCUCGUCGUUCCGGAGGGUUCUUACCCGUGGGGAACAAUGGACCGUACGGUGGCGGGGUGGGAGUGGCCGCCGUCGUCGAUGUUAGUGCAAGCUUUCUCCUCGAGGACGAAUAGGUGGGAGGAGAGAUCAUUCCAGCGGCAAGGGGAGCCGUUCAGCACCAUCGCCGACCAGCCUUUGUUCGGCGAACCAAAAACUGCUGUCUACUGGCGCGGACACCUCUAUGUGCACCACUACUAUUUUAUGAGAAUAUCUUUGUCAAGCGGCAAAUACCAAGUAAUUAAACCGCCCCAAGAUAUUAAUCCAGGACAGCUACAACUAGGAAGAUCAGAGAAGGGAGUGUAUCUCGCAUCAAUUGCUUAUCCUGGUGAGCGGCUUCAAUCGGAGCAGCAAGAAGCAAGACAGACGACCGGCGGGACUAGGUACUACUUCAAGGGCCCGAUAGAGUACUGCUUGCUGUGUUUGUUUGGAACGUGUUACGUGCUUUUCAAGAUUUUGUCACCUUGUUUGAAGUGGACAUGGAAUUGCGUGAAGUUCUGGACGCCGAUUAGCGCGACGUUCCUCGUCUAUUGGCUCAUAUACCGCCCUGACCGCUUCCACCCACACGCCGGCACCACCGUCCUCGCCGCCUUUGACCUCACCGACGGCGCCACUACCCUCCAGUACGACCUGGCCGUCGACCUCAGCUUCCGGAACUCCCACCACCUCUCAAUCCGCUACCUCGAUGUCGCCGCAUCCUUGUUCUACAACGGUACCAGGCUCGGCCCCACCGACGACCCGCUCCCGAGCUUCAUCCAGAGACGCAAGAACACAACCGUGCUACACCCGGCGUUCCAUGGCGCGGUGACCGUGGACUCCGGUGUGGCGGCCGAGCUGCAGAGGGAGUGCGCGGCGGGGACCGUGCACCUGAGAAUCACCGUGUCACUCACGCUCGUCUACAAGGUGUUGUUCGUCAAGGACGUCUUCUUCUACGAGUACGACUGCUGGCUGUGGUUCCCGCCGCCGCGCAAAACCCCCCGCCGGCACUCUUCGACGGGGACGACACCAUGUGCUGGCGCGUUUGACGCACUCCCAUUUUUGUUUGUUUGUUUGUUCGUCAUAGUAAUAUGGUUGUCGAGUUGGUGCGUUAUUUCGUCUUCGUAAUUAAUUUUUUUUAGGGGAAAUUGCCACUUUAUUAGGCUAAAACAAAGCCUGGAAUAUCGUCUUCUUAAUUGAGAGCACCUGUUCGACGCUCAUUUGGGUUGGAUAAUAGAAAAGGAUAGAUGGUGGCUUGCACCUUCUUAAUGCAUUUUUUACUUCAUUUUACAGGGUUUUAUGAAAAAGUUAUAUGUACAUUUUUCAUUGACCGGAGAGAGUAUGAAACACUGAUCGAGUUCUAAUGAUUGGUCCUUCUCA